AUGAAGUUUACCUCUCUCCCCAUCCAGGCAAUCGUUGUUGUUGCGACUAUUGCCUCUGUCUCAUUUGGAUCUGUUGCCGCCAUUGAAUCGACUGACAAGACUGCCUGCGUAAACGCUGGCAAAACUUUCCUCGGAGGACUUUGCUACGAAGUCGGAGAGAUUGAGUGCCCUGGAGGUGUCGAUUGCUGGCAAGCGCUUGAUGGUGACCGCAAGUGCCCUUUCAGCGAUCCUAACCGACUCUUCAGGAUUCCAGCACAAUCUGAAACAAAUGAUGACAACAGAGUUACGUUUGACGAAUGUUUCCAAGCAUGUGUUGACGCAGCCGGGUGCUCCCACUUUUCCUAUGGAGAGUUCCUCGUUGGUGGUCAAAUGAGAAAAGUUUGCAUGGGUUGCACGGACGAGCAAGGCAAUUCGGAGUUUGAUUCCACGGCACCAGAGGGAAAUUCUCAAGACUUUACAGUCUUUCGCAUGACUGAUGUAAACGGAGACCCUCACUUCCGCACAUGGCAUAAUGAGCACUUCGAGUUCCAUGGACAGUGCGAUCUUGUCAUGACCAAGGUUCAGAACUUUGGCAACAAGCAAGGCAAUGAGCUUGAGAUCCAACUUCGUACCAGCAUGGUCCGAUACUGGAGUUACGUCAAGUCUGUUGCUAUUCGCAUUGGCAAUGAUAUCCUUGAAGUAGAAGGAUCAGCUGCCAAGGAAGACGGUAUUGCUAAGCGUCAUUACCACAUCAACUUUGAGCACCUUGGACUCCUUAACGAGCUUGGUGGAUACCCAGUCACCAUCAGCCCUCGCAACAACAAAUAUAUUAUUGAUCUUGAUCAGGACUACCCAGGCCAAAAGAUCGAGAUCUCCACCUUCAAGGAGUUUGUUGGUGUCAAGGUUGUUGGUGCCAACGAAAACUCCUUUGGAAAUGCCGUUGGUAUCAUGGGUGACUACAAGACUGGCAAGACUCUUGCCCGUGACGGUAGCACAGUCUUGAACGACUUUAAUGAACUUGGUCUUGAAUGGCAAGUCUUGCCAUCUGAUGGCAAGUUGUUCCAUGAGGCCGCCAAGCCUCAAUUCCCCGAACUUUGCUACCUUCCAGAAGACCCGCGUGGCGACCGUGCCCGUCGCUUGGCCGAAUCUGAAGUCACCGAAGAAGCUGCCGAAGCUGCUUGCGCUAAUUUGAAGGAUGAAUUUGAUCGCAAGGGCUGCGUCUAUGAUAUCUUGGCAACUCAAGACAUGGAAAUGGUUGGUGCCUAUUAA